CGCGAUCCUGUACCCGCGGUAGGCUGUGAUUUCCCGGGAGUGCGGACCGUGCAGCUGCGGCGCCAUGUACCAGACUAUGGAGAUAUACAUGGCGAGGAAGAAGACGGUACAAGAUCGCGUCUCGCCAAAUACUUACAGAAUAUUUAAUGAACAUUUAUAUGACGUUGGUUUGGACCAAAGUAAAAUCUUCCCACCUGUUCUGUUCAAGAAGCCUGAUCAUCCUCCACCGCAUCCAAGGUCGCCAAAUCGAAACAACAUGCCCCACCCUUACCAUGCCAGGUUCAUCCGAGACAACUCCAGGUUUCUUAAUGAGCCUGUGACGUACAUGUUAACCUCAAACACCAAACACAAGCAGGCGGAGUGGUGGCCGAGCCAUGAAGAAAAUGUCAAAAUUCUCAAACCUGCUUAUGAUCUGAUGACUACACAAAGAAGUGACUUCAGCCGCAUGACUUAUUCUAGUCCUCAAACGCGACAUGGCUGCAACCCACACAAAUCCCGUGUACAUGGAAUAGUUCCUAUAGCAUCUCCCAGGGGGAGGAAUCGGCUGCCAAAACUAUUACAGGAAGAGAUUUCCUUUUUGCAUCAAUACGAUUCAAGAUUAACACCCAAUGAACCAAUUCGAGGGAAGCGUCAUGGAGCCUUUGUGUGGAGAGAGAUAAAAACAGAGAGCGGUUCAGCCGUUCCUCAGGGAACUAGGCUGUUCCUAAAUGCCACAGGGUCACAUGCACUCAAUAGACAAACAGAAAGAGGAAACUCAGUGGAAAACGGCGUGACCUCACCCAGUAUCUGCCUGCAUGGUUCCCAGCAGAUGUUCACUGCUGAAGCUCACUUAUCAAAAACAGAAUUCAUGGAAGCGGCCAAGAUCUAUCCCUACAUCACAGCCGAAGAACACAACAAUUCAGGCAGUUCUCAGCCAUCCAGAAGAUAGUCCCACUCCUCUACUGGUGAAGAAUUACCGAGGCGGCCAAGGGAAUUCAAAUGAGAUUUGAUUUUCUUCCUGCAAAUUCUCCCACAUGUAUAUGUCUUGUAGGCGAAAUGUUCAAGCCUGACAGCAAACACGGGGGGAGAUUUAUUAUUUAUUUCGCGCUGGAAAAGUGGCGUUGAAAAGUUGCAAACUGCGCGCUUUUUAACACAACUCUUUUUUAAAAGCAGUCGCAAAUGGCAUUUUUUAUGCCGCCCUCACCACUUUUUCGAAAGGGAAUGUUACAAAUUUAUAUUAAUUUACGCCAGAUUUCUGUUUAGGCGCAUGGACUGCUAGAGAAUGUGUCUACUAGGCAUCCACCUAGUCAUAUAUUAAGUGCAUCCUCCAGCAGCACAGGGGAUAUCAAGGCAAUCUCCCCCUAUCUGUCUCUCCAUAUGGAAGCUCAUCCCUGCUUCCAUCCAAAUAAAAGUGGUAAAUCUGU